AUGACUGAAUCACAAUCUCCAGAUAUUGGAAAUGAACCUUCAACACAGUCACAAGGUAGUUUGCGCACUAUAAUGCAAUCAAAAAAGAUAGCCCAAGAGGAGAGAGAAUUGAUUCUUACCGCAAACGAUUUACUUGAUUCUUUAGAGCAUUCACAUAGAACUGACCUAACUCUACAUCUUUAUUCAUCUUUCCUUCUGAAACGGUUACUAACUAAAGCAAACCAAAAGAAAUAUCCGUAUGAGACGGAGCAAUUCAUAAAGACUCAAAUCAAAGAUAAUUGGGUUAGUUGGCCCAACGCAAAUACUGUGAUUGAUCCACAAUCAGAUAAAUUAUAUGAAGAUGGUAUAGAAGAACACACAAAUUUACAACCUGGAGAAGUUUCUCAUCAAGCUUUGUUGCAUUCCUCGAAUGCAUUGAAGUCUGAAUUGAAUGCAACUUGGGAACAAUGCUUGAGCAAAUCUGCGAAAGUAUCAGGCGCCAUUUUGGAUGUCGAUAAAUUGAAUAUACCUAAUCACAUUUCUAAUAGGAUUAUAGAUAAAUUGGAUGAUUUAUUUAUGAAUUUGCACGAUAAUGUUGCAAUUAAAAAUAAAUUACAAGUGAAACCAAAUAAACAUUCGGAAAAUCAUGAAAUACUAAUAUCGCAGACUGAAUCACUAAGGAAAAAACCGGUGAAAGCCAAUACCAGGAUAAGGUUAGAUUAUCUUGAUGUAAUUUCUACUGCGUCUUCCAUGGGAGAAGAUAUGAAAGAUAUUUACAUGAAAUCUUUGAAAUUGUAUAAUGAUAUUCCAAAUUCCUUUGAUAAAUCCAAAUUUAAAAUACCAAAACAUGUCUUAAAGAAAUAUAAGCUGAAGAAGAAUUCUGCAUCAGACGACUCUAAUGUUAAAAAAAUACUGAAAAAAUCUAACAGAAAUUUUGUAACUAUUAAGAAAUUAUUGAAAGAUAAAAGACUGAAUGCCACAGAUAAAUUAAAAUUCAAAGUAGAAAACGACCAAUACCUAGAGCAAAUGGACAACUUGAAAACUUUUUUACAAAUCCAAAGAAAUCAAUCUAAAGCUGAGGGUGAUACCUACGACGUAGAAGAUUGCCUGGUUCGCUUAAGACGCUAG